AUGCCAGGAAACGUCGAGACCGUGUCCGGUCAUUUCAAGAAGUCCGAUCUAAGCGCCGAGCAUGGCCUCAAUAUACGAGAUCUCCGCAAGAUUGAUUCUCGAAUACCCAACCUCGUCCCCACUAUCCUGGUCCGCAAAGAGUCCAUUCUAGUCAACAUCCUCCACCUCCGUGCCCUCAUCAAAGCCGAUGCCGUCGUCCUCUUCGAUACGUAUGGCUCUGUCGACUCCAGGCUACACUCCACUUUCCUCUACCACUUGCAGCACAACCUCCGCAGCAAGGCCACCGGCCUCCCCUACGAAUUCCGCGCCCUUGAGUCCAUCCUGCUCUCCUGUCUGAGCGCCCUCGAAGUCGAGAUGGUCUUCAUUCGCAACCUCGUCGGCACCCUACUCGCCGAGCUCGAGGACGACAUCGAUCACGACCGGUUCAAGCGCUUGCUGUACUACUCGCGUCGGCUGGACAGCUUCCAGAAUCGGGCGAAGUUGGUGCAAGACUGUUUAGACGAGCUGCUCGACACGGACGAGGACCUGGCGGCCAUGUACCUGACGGACAAGAAAAACAAUGCGGAGCGGCCGGAUGAGGACCACGAGGAGAUCGAGUUCAUCCUGGAGUCCUUCUCGAAGCAGGUGGAGGAGAUCGUGAAUGAGGCGCAGAGUAUGCAGAGCAACGUCCAAUCCACCCAAGAGAUUGUCGAGCUCAUCCUGGAUUCCAAUCGGAACGCGCUCUUGACGCUUGACCUCAAGGUCUCCAUCGCCACCCUCGGCAUCGGCAUCGGCACGCUCAUUGCAGGCCUCUUCGGCAUGAACCUGCGCACAGGCUGGGAAGACGACGCGCACGCCUUCUGGGUCAUGUCGGGCGUCUCGGGCGUUGUCGCGAUCAUGGUGGCGUGGAGGGGAUUCAGAAUACUUCGCAAGAUCAGGAAAGUCGGCCUGUCGAGCACGCAUAGCCCACGGCAAAGGAGGCGACCCUUUUUGCCUCUGCCUUUAGGGCGCGAGCGAAUCGGCGACGGCUGGCCAUAG